AUGCUCUGCUUACUUUAUUUUCUUCUAAUUCCUAUUAUUUUCACAGUAAAAGUUGCAAAAAUCGUAAUUCCUUAUGAAUAUUUGGUUACAAGAACUCGCCCAAGUUCUACUAAUUAUAAUAUGAGCGAUAAAUUCACUUCUGCUUUCCAGGAAGUUUAUAAUAGUUACUGUAACUCGAAUCGCUGCUAUUUUCCAGUUUUUAAUGAUUCGGGGGUUUUGAAAUACACUAUACUUACUGAUGUUAAUAGCAGUUGCAUGAGUUACCCGAAUUGCUUAGGAUUUACUCAAAAACAAUAUCAAAACUAUAGUAUAGUCUUUGGUAAUCCAAGUAUUCAAGAUGAUAAUUUAAUGGAUGGAAGAAGUUAUGAAGUUGCAAAAUGUGAAUCCACAUAUUUCUCAUUCACAAGAGCAAAUGGAUUGAAUUGGUGUGCUGAUAUUAAUGAAACGAGGGUGACACAUUCAGAAGCUGAAAAUGCUUGUAAGGCGGAUGGAAAAUGUCUAAAUGGGUUUCAAUUUAUCGAAGAGCAAGAGGCUUUCCUGAAUUAUUCAAUGCGUGUCCAAUUUUACCCUUCUGCCAAUUAUAUUCAUCUGGGAGCUACAGGAACUCAAAUGGGAAUUGACGUGACUGUAAGAUGUAUAAAAAUACAAACUUCACGAUUUUAGACAAAAUAAAAAACCGUUUUGAUUCAUAAAAUUACCUCACAAUCAGAACAUGUUUCUAGAUAAAUUGGAGUGAAACUAUUGUUUCAACAAAUCAAGGGUUGUUCAACAACACAAUCAUCUUUAUGAAAACCAAUGCUUACCACGUAUAUUUAGUUCUGUUUCCUUUUGAUGAACCUUGGGCAAUGUCUUAUUAUUCUCUAGUCAGGUGAGUUCUGAAAUUAUAAGAAGUGUUUAAUGUGCCAAUUUCAGCAACACAACAUUGGGUUCUUACAGUUGUGGAUGGUAUGCGAAUUGA